AUGUCUGAUGGAGUACCUUUGAUCCAGCUCUUGGAAGUUAUUGGAGAUACCAGUCUGGGCCGGUACAACAAGGUAUCCCGGAUGCGUAUUCAGAAAGUCGAAAAUGUGAACAAGUGCCUGGAGUUCAUUCGUUCCCGCGGAGUCAAUCUCACUAAUAUUGGUGCCGAAGAUAUUGUUGAUGAGAAUUCAAAGUUGAUUUUGGGCAUGAUCUGGACUCUAAUUCUGAGAUUUACUAUCGCUGAUAUCAGUGAAGAAGGCCUGAGCGCCAAAGAAGGUUUAUUACUAUGGUGUCAGCGCAAGACUGCGCCCUACCGAGAAGUCAAUGUCAGGGAUUUCACCUACAGCUGGGCUGAUGGACUGGCAUUUUGUGCAUUGAUCCAUCGCCAUCGCCCUGAUCUCUUGGAUUUUGAUUCAUUAGAUAAGUCUGACAGACACGGCAACACGCAACUGGCUUUCGACGUUGCUGAAGAGCAUCUAGAUAUCCCCAAGCUGCUGGAUGUUGAAGAUGUAUGCGACAUUUCCAAACCUGAUGAGCGUUCCAUUAUGACCUAUGUUGCUCAGUAUUUCCAUGCCUUUUCAGAACUCGGGAAGGUUGAUACAGCUGGCCGUCGUGUCGCAAAGUUUGCUGAAGUCAUGGAGUCUGUAUGGACAAUGCAGAAUGAUUAUGAAAGACGUGUCAAGGCGCUCAUGCAAGCCAUCCAUAACAAGAAGGCGGAGUGGGAAUCAUCCACGUUCCGCGGUGAUUAUGCAGAUGCAAAGAGACAAUCCAUCGAGUUCAAUAACUACAAAACGUCUCUGAAACGCACCUGGGUAGCUGAGAAGCGUGAUGUCGAUACUCUACUCGGUAAUAUCCAGACUAAACUCAAGACAUACGAGCUUAAGCCAUAUCAUCCUCCCCGAGGUUUGACACUCCAGGAUCUGGAUAACUUCUGGAAGAAUCUUUUGAUUGCUGAAGAAAAGAGAUAUCGACUCAUUAAUGCCAAGAUCAGAGAUAUUAAGGAAAAGCUUCGUCAAGAUUUCGCCAAGCAAGCCAACGAUUUCCAAGCAAAGGUCAAUGCCAUUUCACAUGAGCUGACGGUGUUAGACGGGGACCUGGAUCUCCAACUAAACCAUGUGCGUCAUUUAGAUUCGCGUCUCGGGCCACUGGCAGACACAUUGGAGCAGAUCCAGCGACUGGAUGAUCAAUGUGUUGAAGCCAACAUUGAAGAAAAUGACUACACCAUCUAUAGUGCGGACGAUCUGUCAUUUGACUUUGCUUUAUUGGAACAGGCCAUGCAAAAGAAGUCUGCCUUCAUUUCGAAUCAGAUUGUGUCUCGUAACAUGACAAAUUUGACGCCUGGACAACUCGAGGAGUUUGAAAGUACUUUCCGUUAUUUUGAUAAUAACCAAACCAACUCGUUGUCAUAUGGCGAAUUUAACGCAGCCUUAGCCAGCUUGGGCAUCAUGUACGAAGAUGAAGAUUUUGCGGGUGUAUUUGCACAAUGCUCCCAAGGAGCGCCUGAAGUUUCAUUUGAACAGUUUAUCAAUUUCAUGGUGGGCGUCACAGAAGAUCGUACAUCGAGUGAUCAAGUACGUGAGUCGUUCAGAAUUGUUGCUGCUGAUAAGCCGUUUGUGACGGAACUUGAUUUGAGGCAGUCGAUGCUUCCUCCUGCAGUUGUCAGUUAUUUGCAGUCGACUCUGCCUCGUCAUGAUUCUGGGAAUGGAUAUAAUUAUGAGGCUUACUUGGACAGUGUUUUUAAAUAA